CACAAAUGGAAGGAGGUCAUGAUCAUAUAGAGGAGAGCAAGAUUGGCCUCGGCCUUGCGAUAGGAAGCCAUGAAAACUAUCCUAUCUCGCAUGAUCAUAAGCUUCACAUCCUCUUCCCUCCGAAAAAGGAAGGAGAAGGAGAAGAAAAAGAUCGACAAAGAAAGAGAUCGCAGAGUAUGGAUCGAGAUGAUGAUGAGUCUAUAGCUAAAGAAAAUAGAAGUGGGGGUGGUGGAGGGAAUAAGAAGCUUAGGUUAUCACCAGAACAGGUUACUCUGCUUGAAGACACUUUUCGAGAGCACAAUACCCUUAACGGUUUUCAGAAACAAGAACUGGCUGAAAAGUUGAACUUAAGACCUCGACAAAUCGAGGUCUGGUUUCAGAACAGGAGAGCAAGGAAUAAGUUGAAGCAGAUGGAAGUGGACUUCCAACUACUGAAGAAGUGGUGUGAGACUCUGAAUGAAGAGAACCGGAGACUGAAAAAGGAGUUGCAGGAACUGAAGCUGCGGGUAAAGCAGCCGGAGGGGUCGGUGCUGCAUCUCGACCUACCACCCAAAGUCGAUCCCGGAGCUCCGACGUGCAAGAAGUGCACCAGCGGAGAUUCCUCUAUUGCAAAUGAAUGAAAUAGUUUGGUGUCAGGUAGUUUUUUUUUCUUUUUUUCUUUUUUUGUAAAUAUUUGGAGUAGGAGGUGGAACUGAAGUGAAACUGGAAUAGGAUUAGGAAAUAGGAUCCCCUGCUCAGGGGCAUUUUCGUAGAAUUUUAUUCCCGCAAGUGGUUAAUGAGAUUGAAAGAGA